GUGCUGGGAAGGGUGCCGAGAGCGGUGUUCAGGUCGGCGCGAGGGUGGACUGGCAUCCGUGGAUCUGAUAGGCGUGCUGUGUGGCUUAGUGACUUUCACAAGUGUGGCCACAGACUCCCAAGAUGAGUGAGGAUGGCCGAAUCUUGCCCAGUGGAGUUUGUACCGGAAGGUGAUACUGGACAACUACAGGAACCUGGCUGCAGUGGAUGUGAUCCUGUUACUGUAUGAAGAGAGGGAGCCGUGGAUCUAAAAGGAGAGGCAUCCAGAGGUGCGCGCCCGGUCCUUAGGUUUUGAAUCCUGUGCCUGAGGAACAGCCCUGGACACUGAAACGGAGAAGUCGAAGGCUGCCUCGGAAGCCCCGCCUCCUCCUGAGGAGAUGCAGAACCUCAGGACUGAGCAGGCACAGGGUCUUCUACCUCGCGACAACAAGGUCUGGGAGAAGCCAUGCCAGCCCACCUUCCCCAAGGACUGGGAGGCUGUGGAUGUCGGGGCCUCGAGCUGCGACAGCGAUGAGAAAGAUGUGUCUUCUCAAGACACUGGGCUGUCUCAGGAAUGGAGUUCAGUAGAGGAAGAUGAUGAGUCAGAGGACUCCCAGGGCUUUAUGGAGUGGUCCAAAGCUCCACAGCAAACAACCAUUGUGUUGGUAGUAUGUGUGCUGUUCUUAUUCUUGGUUUUAACUGGGAUGCCCAUGAUGCUCCACAUUUAACGAUCACAGUAGCUGCUGUAUGGAAACGUAAGCCCUGUGUCACCUUAAGGAACUGUCCUAGCUCGAAACCAGGAAUGGGUAUGGAACAUUAUGAAACGUCUUUCAAACAUCCAUUAAGAUGAGUUUAGUAUGAUCUUUAAUUUAUUUAUUUUAAAGAUUUAUUUUUAAUUAUGUAUGUGCUUUGUGAGUGCUUUGUGAGUGCAGUUCCUGCAGAGGCCAGCAGAGGGAGUCUGAGCCCCUGCAGCUGGAGUU